AUGGAAAAAGAAUUUGACAUGCAGGAAAGAGGGCAGCCGUCCCGGCCAUGCAAGUGGUCCACUGCGGCAGAACAGUUGCGGUCGCAUAGUCCUGAGGUUCCAGGCUGCUGCCUCCGUCUGCGUUGGUGGGAGAGGGAAAUAGCGCUGCUGUGCUACAACCUGGGCUGUGGCCAGCACUUUGAGCCCGAGACCAACUCCGACGAUGCUUGUACACACCACCCUGGCAUUCCAGUCUUUCAUGAUGCAUUAAAGGAUGGGUCUUGCUGUAAAAGAAGAACAACUGAUUUUUCUGACUUCUUAAGACUUGUAGGUUGUAUAAAAGGUAGGCAUAAUAGUGAGAAACCACUUGAGACAGUCAAGCCAGAAGUCAAGACUACUGAGAAGAAAGAACUAUGGGAACUGAAACCCAGGUUUCAGGAACAUAUCAUUCAAGCACCGAAACCAGUAGAAGCAAUAAAAAGACCAAGCCCAGAUGAACCAAUGACAAGUUUGGAGUUAAGAAUAUCUGCCUCUCCAAAACAAGCACUUGAUCAACUUAAACUAUCAUCAGCAAAUGAAGAAGAUAAAGUAGAAGAUGGUGAUGAAAUUAAGAUUGGGACCUCAUGUGAAAAUGGAGGAUGUUCAAAGACAUAUCAGGGUCUACAGAGUCUAGAAGAAGUCUGUGUAUAUCAUUCUGGAGUACCUGUUUUUCAUGAGAGGAUAAAAUCUUGGAGUUGUUGCAGAAGAAAAACCUCUGAUUUUAAUACAUUGUUAGCCCAAGAAGGCUGUACAACAGGGAAACACAUGUGGACUAAAAAGGAUGUUGGGAAAAAAGUCGUUCCAUGUAGACAUGACUGGCAUCAGGCUGAGGGUGAAGUCACCAUUUCAGUACAUGUUAAGAAUUCGCUUCCUGAUCUCAGUCGAGUAGAAGCAAACAGUACUGCAUUAAAUGUGCACAUUGUAUUUGAAGGAGAGAAAGAAUUUCAUCAAAACGUGAAAUUAUGGGAUGUGAUUGAUAUAAAGUGAAGUUAUGUAACUAUUUCUACAAAGACUGAGAUCUCCAUGAGAAAAGCUGAACAUAUGCAGUGGGCAAGCCUUGAACUGCCUACAACCAAAAAACAGGAAAAACAAAAAGAAGAUACUACAGAUUGAGUGGAAAAAGAAAAACAAAAACCUGUUGCCUAUUUCA